AUGGUAUCAUUUGAAAAAGCAAAUCACGGCGAGAAUGUUGUAAGUGAGAGGCAGGGCCAGAAGUGGUUUAAACGUUUCCGAGAAGGUGACGAGAGUCUUGAUGACGGCGCACGUAGAGGGCGCCCCGAGACUCUGAGCGAUAGCGUUCUGAAGGAAGAGGUGGAAGCGGAUCCGAGUCAGUCGACGAGGGAACUUGCUGAAAGAUUUGGCUGCACUCAUGGGACAGUAGAGAAACACUUGCAUGCCCUAGGAAAGAGCAAUAGGUGCGGAAAAUGGGUGCCACACGAACUCAGUGGUGCGAACAAGGAGGCGAGAACCAGGGUGUGCCGAACUCUGCUGAAUAUGUCGAAAACGAGCCAUUUUUAUGAAGCCAUUUUGACUUCAGAUGAAAAAUGGAUUUAUUUCGAUAACCAACGCAGAAAAAGGCAGUGGCUGAGUAGGAAUGAGCAGCCGAAACCGACCCCCAAACCUGACGCACAUGGCAAAAAAACCAUGCUCUGCGUCUGGUGGAAUAUCAGAGGUCUGGUGUAUUUUGAGGUGCUCCCACCAAGUCAGCCAGUAACAGCAGACCUAUACGCUGAACAGCUGGAAAAAGUGGACCGGGCACUGCGACGUCAAGGGGAAAAUCCGAGGACUAUAAAAUUCCUGCACGACAAUGCCCGACCCCACGUCGCAAACAUUGCGCAGCAGAAAAUCGAGGAAUUGGGAUGGCAGCUUCUACCUCACCCGCCAUAUAGUCCAGACUUGGCCCCAUCGGACUUCCAUCUGUUCAGAUCAAUGCAACAUUACCUGGACGAUAAACGAUUCGAAACGCUCGACGACGUGAAAAUUUGCGUGAGCCAGUACUUUGACUCACAACCGCCCGAGUUCUUUGUCAAAGGGAUCCGUUCUUUGCGGGAAAAAUGGAGGAAGGUCAUUGAAGCGAAUGGAGAAUACCUUAUUGACUGA